UCGAAACGUUAGCGGGAGACUGCCGUCGGAUGAUGGUUCACGUAAAAAUGGCAGGGAGAGAGCAACAUAUAAAGAGAUGAUAUCGCUACCUUCGAAUUUCCCAACAGAGCUGGUCUCUCACCUUUCACCUUUCACCUUUCACCUUUCGACCUUUGAAAAUUAGCUGCCUUUGACAUUUUCCGAUACCUUCCAGAUCUAUUCUACUGUUCUCGAAUCUCACGCGCAUUCUUACUACGAUGAUUCACUCCCCCUCUGUACUUGCAGGUAUCAUCGCUGUUGGGGUUGUGUCCUUUGUCCUCGCUAUCCCUGUCCAAGGCCCUCCAAGAUCUUCCUAUACACAGGACAAUGCGACACCAACUGCUCUCGGUAUUUUGAAGUCGAACAUCAUCACAACUCCAGUGCGUGCUCCUAAUAUGGGGUUCAAUCAACCUCUUGACGGACUUGUCGUCGGCAAGGAGACUGAGGGUAUUGAUUUGGAUGUGAGGAACAAAGUCAGAUUGGCCCGUCAUAUCGAUGGGUCUUCAGUCGGUAUGGUGUUGAAAAGAGCGGGUAAAAAGGGCAAGAGUGCGGAGGGCAAGGAGCUCACCGAGGCAAAGACCAUGACCUACAAAGACGCCACUGGGGAGCACGAAAUAUCCCUCGUCGGUUUGGAAAACUUGACCACGGAUGACGUGGUGACUUUGAGGAAGUACAUAACCUGGCUCUGCAAGUACAACCCGGGGGGUGUUCUGCUCGAGAGCAACAUUGCCGACAUAUACAAGUAUAUGCAGGGACUACGGACGAAAACACUCGUACAGAAAUGGCCUUAGUUUCGGGUAAUUUGCUUUAAUUGCACAGUUAUUGGUCGUAGUAUGGUUAUUAGCGGCUUUGGCCAACUGGUCUAAAGUCGGGAAGGAUGCGAGUCUCUUGUAAUGCAGAUCCCUGAACUCCUCGGGAUGUUG